AUGGCAAGCGAAAAUCCCUUACCCUAUAAGGGGAGAAGAUUCACGUUUAACCAUAGGGAGAGUUCUAGCCUGUUCAAGUGGCCCAGACGACGAUUCCAAGGCAGAUCAAUACAAAAGAGAAUAUUGAAUUUUAAAACUUCCAAUACGGGACAUCUAACCACCGUAGGUGUCGAAUUUGAGUUUCUGCUCGCUGUGAAAACAGCCGAAGGGGGCCCAGAUCCGCAUCAAGAGGAUAAACGAUGGCUAGCACGCAGACUAGAAGCCUACGACGACUUAUCCAACGAGUUCAGGAUUACCGUUCGUAAUGAGAUAAUUGAUGAGCUUAGGAAGAAUGGAGUGUUGGCGGUGAAAUCUUGGGGCGAUAACGAGCUGGCGGAUGAGUUCGUACCCAGCACAGAAUUCGGCUGGACAUAUAGCAAGGAAGAAGAUUUAAUCGGAAAUGCUACUAACCUCAAGUCAUUUAUAGGCGAAUAUACAUGGGAUUACUCUAUAGAAAACAGCGAGAACUACCACAUCGGCGCUAAGCAUUGGGUAGAACAGUUUGUGGAUUUCCAUGAAAAGAAUUCACUGGAAUUACAUCGUACCUUGGAUCGGGAUAUAGAUCUUCUCGGUGAAAGGAAUCUCCAGGUUAUUUAUAAAGGAUUGGGUUCCAAAAGACCAGUACGAUUCAACGAGGCACGAACCAGAUUUAAAAAAUAUGCUAAGGCUCGAACGGUAGAAGCCUUGGAGGAGUAUGAGAAACAGGUGUCAAGGGAGAUCGACCCAAAGGCUGUUAAUAUCCCCGGAUCUAACCCUUUGUAUAGAGCUUGGACGUGCGGUGUAGAUCCGACCAUAAAACCACACGACUAUCAAGAUUAUCAAUGUAUGCUUCUUUAUCGGGUUCCAGCAGACUCGGAUUCUGUUCCCGAUUCGUUCAUAUCCUUAGACGCAAAUGGGAACCCAGUCUUAGAUAAAGAUGGAUACAAAACUUUGACGCAGAACCCCUUGAAUCUUUAUGAUUGGUAUCAGGGAGAACUGCGGACAUCCAUUCUGGACUAUAACAACUCGGACACUAUUCCUGCUAUUCGGAGGGCUUGCGCUGCUCUCCGAGGGGCUUUCUGUAUUCAUAAACCGAUGUCGCUCAUACAGACUGGCCUCCAUGUCCACUUUGGACAGGCUGGGGGAUGGACAUUAUUACAUCUUAAGAAGUUCUCGACACUCUGGCUUAUUCUUGAGGAAGAUCUGGAAAAACUUCACCGACGCGAUCGGUCUGACAAAUCCAACGAUUACUGUUUAUCUAUCCGGGAGCAUUGCCCAAUCAACAAAGCAUUGCAUGGUAAACCCCCCCUUGACUGCUUGUCAACCGUCGAAAACUCAGACCCAGAGGCUUACGGAAGGAGUAUGAUUGAGAUGAGUAACCAUGUACCAUUUACACUAUCUUCAACGGAUACGUACAACGUCAGUGACGAGAUCCGAAAAAUAGUCAAUGAGGUUUGGAAGUACCAAAGGAUCACGGAGUUAAGUGAAGGCAUGUCUAACUAUACUGAUCUUUAUGUAAAAUUCCGGAUUUCUGGUGACCUUUUAUCCACAAAUAGAGAGAAGGAAUCAGGGACGCUGGAGAUAAGGCUCAUGCAGGGGACCUUGGACGCCGACCACAUAGAGCGCUGGAUGAAGAUAUGCGAACGUAUCAUCAAUUAUUCUCGAGACACGUCAAAUUCGGAUUUUUACAGCGGAAUACAUAAAAUACUCCGUAAUUCGGCACCCCUAGAGGAAAUAAUUGGCCUUCCUGCAAGAUACCUAGAUUGGUUUACAGAACGGCAGGGAACCUCGGGAUAUUUUGAAUACCCUGAUAAGGAUAGGGUGAAUUGGGAUGACCCUUUCAUGCCUCCCGGAUACGGAGCCACUCAUCUGCCUGAAGUUUAA